AUGUUUCUUGCAAAGUCAAUGUUAGCCUUAAGGCGAGAUCUUAUUAAUUUAAGCGUCAAAGAAAACUUUGUCUUUUUGUGCAGUUUACAAUCUCAUCUCGAGCAAAGUUUCAUUUUAAAUUCUGUGAAAAAAGGAAAACUUCUCAUUCGCCACUUGUCGGAAACCUCUGCAAAGGACGAAAUCAUAUUUUUUAUUUCAAAUUUAACUUACUGA